AUGAUUUAAAAUAAAACAACCAGUUGCGGCACAUUUAUUAUUCAGCUAAAUUAUGAAAGAAUUUCAUUAGGGAGGUACUCAUUGGUAUUAUUAUUAUAUAAGUGGAGAAAAUUACUACAAAAAUGAAUACAUAAAUCUUAAUUUCUAUUUAUAUUUUAAAUAACUCUAGAAUCGAUUACCUUAAUAAUAGUACUUCAGGUAUGCUUCUAAAAUAAUCAAAGUUGAACUCACAACAAUAAUGUCCAUAAUAUGUUUAAAUAAAUUUGUAGUGAAGAUAAAAAAAAAUGAUAUUAAAUUCAAUUUGAAAUGA